AUGUCGGCGAUUCUUCUCAUAUUCAUCCCCGUGCUCGUGGUCGUCUUGACCGUCUUGGUCGGACUGAUAUGUUUCCUCGUGGCUGUGUUGUUUAUGCGCAGACGUCGAGGUAUCAAGCUCGUGGAAGAUGGGGGUCCCCUGGACCUGUCCAAGUCUGACGGUGUCAUGGGAGAGGGCGGAACAGAGGGCGUCGAGGCUCGUUGGCUCGAGAAUGUAGAGCCCGAUGUGCGGGAAGGAUACAAGCGUGCAAAAGAAUGGCAAGAGCAGUACACUCCCGCAUCGUCCCCGACCGACAUCACCCUCUCCCAGUUUCUAUCGAUACAGGAGAAAGGCGUCUCAGCCUGGGCCUUUGAACCAGACUAUGAAGACAACUUGUCUCUUUACGUGCAGUCUCGGACGGAGAUCACAUUUCUAUCCGACGGUCCUGGCAUGGCGGCCCGUGAAGGGGGCGGCAAUUCGGUCAUGGCCAACUUACCACUGCCCAAGCUCAACGAGGUCUACUAUUUCGAGGUCAAAAUGUAUGAGAAACCACCGGCCACCGAGGUCGCCAUCGGUCUGGCCACCAAGCCGUACCCCUCGUUCAGAUUGCCUGGUUGGAAUCGAUGCUCUGUGGCGUACUUUGCCUCGGAUGGGUUCAAAUCUCACAACUAUCCGUUCACAGCAGCGUCACACGGUCAACCAUUGGCAGAAGGUGAUGUUCUCGGAGUAGGCUAUCGACCUCGAACCGGUACAGUCUUCUUCACUCGGAACGGACGCAAGUUGGACGACGCAUACACCGGUCUUCAAAAGUACAAUCUGUUCCCGACCAUAGGUGCCAAUGGCCCAUGUACGAUUCAUGUGAACCUUGGUCAGGCCGGUUUCGUGUUCAUCGAGGCCCAGGUCAAAAAGUGGGGCCUGGCACCCAUGGUGGGGACAUUGGCGCCACCACCUGCUUAUGGCAGUGAACGCGGCAGCAUUCUCCUUGACGCAGGCUACGGGACACCAAAUGCCGGGAAUGGCGUGGCAGGGAUGAAUGCUCUGCUUGAGGCUGCCCGAGCUCGGCGACUCAGUAACAAUUCGGCAGAGUCGACCUCUACCGGAGGUGAUCGAAAUGGAGGACCUCAGACACCUCGAUCGACCAAUUCGUCCCGGCGUCACCGGACCGCUGGACGAUCUCAAGCGCUUCCUGGAUCUCUGCCCGCAGUGUCCAGUCCAUUACGCGAGCAAGCUUCUCGCGCGGCGCCUGGACCAGGACCCACAACGGCUGGAUCUCGACGUCGUGCGCUAGGACGCAAUGCGAUCGUCGAGAGCUCAAACUACGUCUCUCCGACCGAUACCCCUUCACUGGGUCCUCGACCGCCCGCUGCGGACGCACUUGAAAGCUUGAUGUCUGAAGAAGAGGCAUCCGACCAGUCGAGAAGAAGAGGCCGCUACGUUCGCUCAGACUCUGAAUCGUCCGCUAUGGAGCCUAAUCCGCCUACCCCCAAUCUUCUCGACAUCUCCAUGCACUCGUUACAUCUUCCUUCGGGCCAGUACUUUGAACAGCACCUUCGAAAUCGGACAGACAAUACGGACUCGGAUGAGGAUGAAGAGGAGGAACUGGAGGACGAAGGGCAAGAAGAGGGAGGCAAUGGCAGUGGAAGUGGCGAGAGUGACGCGACUGCUCGACCGGGUGCGCAAGCGAGUACGAGACAAUCCCCGCCGCCUCCUGGCUAUGCGCCGUUGGAUCCUAACAUGUAUGCGAAUGGGCUUCCUGCGAACUUGCCAGAGGAACUGGUCAAUCGAGCCAUUGCAGCCAUGUCUGACACGCCGUGA